GCUAAUCAGCAUGCGCCUCGCAAGCCACAAACGGUAGGCUUACCAUAACUCUAUUGUCUUCAUACUCUCAACCUACAGGCCUUGGCCUUGACGUAAAUAAGGGACAGUGACACGCUCCGAGGUGCAGUUCGUUUUUUUUGUACAACCUUUGCGAGUCCAAUUGUCGCAUUCACGAUACUCAAGUUAACCCUGCUUCUCUAUUCUUCAUUUCUCAUAUACGACAAACAGCCCUUACUAGAACCACUAGGAGAAACCAACAACAUCAACAAUCAUGGAGGACGCCAAAGGUGUCAUUCCGAAUCCUGGCGCAUACUCAUCACCUUCUGAUUCUGCGACAGAGGUUGGCCAGAACUAUGACCAUCCCAGAUCAUGGUCCGCACGCUUCGUCGACUCCUUCAAGCGCGACCCAAACGCACACGCUACACCUCCGGGAACAGUCGGUUCGGAUGGAAAGGUGUUUGAUGUUGAAACCGCAAACGCAGCGACAGCCGAGUCUGGGCUGUCUAGACACUUGAAGGGCCGUCAUCUGCAGAUGAUCGCUAUUGGUGGCUCAAUCGGUACUGGUCUGUUCGUCGGAUCUGGUUCAGCUCUUGCCAACGGAGGUCCUGCCUCGCUACUGAUCGCCUAUGGUAUUAUCGGUAUCAUGCUUUAUUGCACAGUCCAUGCUCUAGGAGAGAUGGCUGUUCUAUUCCCUGUCGCUGGAUCUUUCUCUGCAUACUCGACUCGUUUCCUCGACCCUGCAUGGGGCUUCGCUAUGGGUUGGAAUUACGCUCUACAAUGGCUUGUUGUCCUGCCCCUGGAAAUUGUCGCCGCGACUAUUACUAUUCAGUACUGGAAUGACUCGAUCAACCCAAAUGCGUGGGUCGCCAUCUUCUUGUUCGUCAUCAUUGGUAUCAACCUUUUCGGUGUCAAGGGAUAUGGUGAAGCCGAGUUUGUCUUCUCUAUCAUCAAGGUCAUCGCUGUUGUUGGUUUUAUCAUCCUCGGUGUCAUCCUUGAUGUUGGCGGCGGUCCUAACGGAGAAUUUAUUGGCGGAAAGAACUGGCGCGACCCCGGCGCCUUCAACCACGGCUUCAAGGGACUUUGUAGUGUAUUUGUAACCGCGGCUUUCGCCUUUGCUGGAACCGAAUUGGUCGGUCUUGCUGCAGCCGAAACCGAGAACCCUCGCAAGUCCUUGCCCACCGCUGUCAAGCAAGUCUUCUGGAGAAUCUUCUUGUUCUACCUCGUCUCUUUAACACUCGUUGGUCUUCUGGUUAACUACGACGACCCACGUCUGCUCAACGGCUCCAGCAGUGCUGACGCCAAGGCCAGUCCUUUCGUCAUUGCCAUCACUAACGCUGGUAUCGAUGGCCUGCCCUCUGUCAUGAACGCUGUCAUCCUUAUUGCCGUCCUCUCCGUCGGCAACUCUUCCAUCUAUGGCUCAUCGCGUACUCUUGCCGCACUUGCCGAUCAAGGCCAGGCCCCCAAGAUUCUUGGUUACAUUGAUCGCAAGGGUCGUCCUAUCGUCUCCAUCGCCAUUGCUUCUGUUCUUGGCUUCCUUGCUUUCCUCGCUGGAUCCGACAAGCAAACCGAUGCCUUCAACUGGAUGCUCGCCCUUUCCGGUCUCAGUUCCAUCUUCACCUGGGGCAGCAUCUGUCUCGCGCACAUCCGCUUCCGCAAGGGCUGGAAGGUUCAGGGCCACACCCUCGACGAAUUGGCCUUCAAGUCUCAAGCCGGUAUCAUUGGCUCCUGGAUUGGUUUCCUGCUCAACUGCCUCGUUCUCAUUGCGCAAUUUUGGACCGGCUUUGCACCUAUCGGUUACGCUGACAUGACUGCUGGCGAGCUGGUCGAGAGCUUCUUCGAGGUCUACCUCGCUGCUCCUGUUGUUAUCAUCUUCUACGUCGUCUACAAGAUCUGGAAACGCACACCCUUCAUUCGCAGUCACAAUAUGGAUCUCCACACUGGAAUCCGCGAGCUUAAUAUUGCUGAGCUUGUUGCAGAGGAGAGAGCUGAGCAGGCUCAGUGGCCGGCUUGGAAGAAGACUUACAAGUGGUUCUGCUGAGCAUACCGCUUAAGUUUCCGUUCACAGAUCUUCACGUUGUACAUAUACAUCAUUUGUGUCACACUUUAGCCGGACAGCUUGCAUUUAUUUGGGGAUACAAAAGUCAAAAGGCAUAUUUGGAAUCUAAGCGUCUUUUCUCAUCUUGCAUAAUGUACGAAUAUAGAUUAUAGAACACAACAUGCUACCCUUUUCAAACCUUCCG